CCACUCUCCCGGUCAGUGCCGCGGGGGCAGGCCAGCCCCGGCCCAGCCCUCGCCCGGCUGGAGGCUUGGGUCUGGGAGGGAGUAGCCCGCUGGUUGGUGGGGGAAGUCGUAGUGUUGGGGAGAUCCGGAGAGAAGUUUCCUCUGCAGGUGUGUGAAUGUGAGUGCGUGUCGCUGUGUGUCUGUGCCGAGUGUGUCACUGUGUGGGUCUGUGGGUGAUUGUGUGUGCCGGUGAGUGUAUGCCGUGUGUGCGUGUGCCACUGUGGGCGAGAGUGUGUGUGCAUGUUAGUGGGUGUAUGCAGCGUGAGUGUGGAGGGUGGUACUGUGUAUGUAUCUGUGGACAUGUGAGUGAAUGAGUGUGUGUUGUCCCCGUGUGUGUCUCUGUGAGUGUGUGAAUGGAUGUGUGUGCCGGUGUGACUAUCUCUGUGAGUGGGUCCCGGUAUCUGCCCUGUGUGACUGUGUGUGUGUGUGUGUGUGCGAGUGUGCGCGCGUGCGUUGGCUGUGUGAGAGAGAGUGUAUCUGAGCACGGUUAACUCUGAAUCACCCACACCUGUGCUUUGUCCCCCCACGGUCCUCCCAUUCCUGGUGGGAUAUAGGACAGGGAGAUGAGACUUUUCCGAGGUCAGAUCAUCCCCCCUUCUCUGGGGACCCCUGACCCUUCAUUCAGGCAAGAGCUAUGUGGCACUCCCCAUCUUAGUCUCUACCUUCACCUACCUCAGGGGGUGCCCUCUGGGAUGUUGUUGGUCGUGUCCUUCCUGCAUGCUGAGGUCCCUGGUGGGUGGGAGGGGGGAUCUGGGGUGAGCUGGAGUAUGUGCCUGUGUGUGCUGCUUCUCCUUUUGGGGGCCUGGGAACUUGUGUCAUCUCAAUAAUGCUUCACCGAGGGCCUUUUAGAGCUAGGAGAUGAGGAGGCCAGGUGGAGGCGUCUGCCCUGUUAGUCAUCAGAGCAGGUGGCGCUCUCCCAGACUUCCAAGUCCCAAGCCUUCAAGUUCUGGGUCAUUGGUUCAGUCCACUGGCUCCGGGUCGGUCUGUACUAAGCUCUUUGAAGUAAUAAUAAUAAAAUAAUGCCCUCAUAUUAGUUCAGGGCUUUUGAAAAUGCUGCCCUCCGAACUCUUCUUAUUUCCCCAACAGCCUUGGGAAGCAGGCAGGACAGGUAUCACGUUAAGCCAUAUGAAAUUGCCAAUAUUCAACUGUUUUUAUUUAACCUACAAAAACAGCAAUCUCACAUGGUUCAACCAAAUAUAAUGCCGAUUUACAGAUGAGGAUGUUGAGGCUUGAUAAAUGAAUUGCAUUUCCCACAACCACACACUGCUAGUCAGUGGUACAGAAAGACUUCAGCCCAGGUCUUUCAGUGACCCAAAGCACUGGGCUGGGCCAAGGUUAGAGAGUGGUACUUCCUGGUGUGCUCUCUCUGACCCUGGGGGCACUGCCCUCUACCUCUGCGCAGCAUUCCCUGAAUACUGGGGCUACUUCUGCACCCAGCUGCCAAUGCCUAAAAGAGAGAGGGGGGGAAAGGAGAGGAGGGAGGGGAGGGAGAGGCUUCGUGAGCUGGCAGUGAAUCAGGGUCUAAAAAGGGAGCUGGGAGGGCUAGGGUGGCAGGUGUUUCUAAAAGGAACAUGAACAUAGGAUGAACGGCCUCACAUACAGCCCCCGCAUCUCCCACCCGCCACUGCCCCACUGAUCUGGCAGGCAGGGCCCACUGAAUUUUGUGCCAGGGGGCUCACAUCCAAGGAGUGAGCUUGUAUGUAGCUGUAGAAUGAUGGCCAGGAGAGGAACCUUAGAAUUGACUUGGUCCAAUGUCUUCAUUACAAACUGGGGACUCUGAAGCCCUGAGAAGGGAGCGGAUUUGCCCAAGGUCACACAACAAAUUUGUGGGUUCCUAGCCUAAUCUUAGACCAGGAACUUUGCAAUCCUCCAUGUUGCCUUCUAUUCCUGAACUUUCCCCACCCCCAUCAGAGCUGAGUACAGGGGAUUUUUGGAAAAGAAAUGAAGACUCAAAAAGCCUAAGGCUGUACAUCUUUCAACUUGGGACUCCUUGCCAAAGAGAGGGUGCUACAGAUGUCGCUGGGGAUGGGGAUUCCUAGCCACACCCACCACCGAGGUAGGCCAUGGGCUUGUCUUGUCUUGAUUCCUGCUGGUGAGGGGCUGGAGCUGCUACAGGCCAGACUCCCAGACUUUCUCGUGUUAGUACCUGCUUUCGGCGGCUGCCUGACACCUAACAUCAUCUCUUCCAGCUGAUGUUGGGGCUCGAGCUGGCUAAGCUUGUUUUCCUUCAUCCUCCCCAAUUUCCAAUGCAUUUUGCCUCUAGCUGGAUGGACUAUUCCUUACCUUAUUGGGUUCCUAAUGAAUAGAGAAACUUCUGGGGCUUGUCUGAUUUAGGAAGGGUCUGUAGUUACCCCUAAACCCUUUCUAAUGAAAUCUUCCAGGAGUCUAGGACAAAUGAUAAAGGGAUUGCCCCCAUAUUACAGGUGGGGAGACUGAAAUUCAGCAAGGGGCCCCGUAUUUGGUUGCUUUUUAGUUUUUUGGGGGUGAGGUGGUGAAGGGAGCAAAUGAUGAUAAAAACUUUUCCCUAGAGGAGCUUCCAAAGACCCCUUCUGGUCUUACCAUCCCCAUGGUCAGGAAACCUUCCCAGAUUCUGAUUUCAUUCCCACUUGGUAGAGUCAAAGCUUUGUCACUCAGUGGGGGUUGGAAGAACAGCUGUGUACCCUCCACUAUGCAAGCAUUAUGUCUUGAUUUCCUCUUUAUCCACCCCGCCCCUCCCCAGUCUGAAGGCUGCUGGCUCAGCGGGCCUCCUGCCGUCUGGGGAGUCUGGGUUUGAGCUGGGGUGAGGCAGUGGCACCAUCGUUAUGGUAACGAGCUGCCAGCUCAUCGUUGCUAAUAACUUGUCAGGCCCCUGGGCUCUAUGCGGCAUCUCUUUCUACCAGCCCUUCUUCCCAUGUCACAGACAGAAAAAGUGAGGCUUUGAGGGAGGGGUCUGGGAAUAAGGGAGUCUGGAGAAGUGGGUGGCCUUGUCCCUGGGACUGUAGCUGGAGAGCUGCGGGGAGGCUUCUUGGAAGCUGGUUUACACAUAUGGUUACAUAGGCUUGCAUAUGAUUGCGUGGGCUGUUAACAUGUGAAAACACUCAGAACAUGCUUGUAUAAACUUAUACAUGCUAGCUGACAUGUUCAUGUGUUUUUACACAGCAGCCCACAGGCAAACAUGCUUCCAAGCUUCAGAACAUGCUUGUGCCUGAAUACUGUCUCUACCAUCUGCACAUAAGGCACCCAAGAAAUCUGGGUUUGUGGGGGUGUCCAGGUAUGUGGGUGGGGAUCUGAUCUUUUUCUGAUGCAGCUUCAAAGUGUCUUGUUAACAAAGGGACAGAAUGGUCCCAGGGUUCCUUCUUCUUCCUUCCAGUCAAGAGCUCAGAGUGGAAGUGGGCUGGGGAUGGUGUCGGGGACCCAAGCUCCUAGCUCCCAAAGGUCCCUGCUUCUAUGCCCUUUGAGCUCAGGUAGUCUCUGCCCCCCUCACUCUCUGUUCUUUCUCAUCCUCUCCUCUUCCUGUGUGUAAAUAUUAAAGAGCUGAGCCUGCAGGGCUGAUGUAGACAUGGGGAGAGAAUGCAAUUAAAAAGGAUUCCCUCGCCCCCAUCUCGACACCCCCGCCCCGCAGUCCCUCGCUCCUGCUUCUUCCCCUCUCCCCUCUCCCCUCCCCUCACUCAGUGCUUCCACAUGUCUCUCCUCCCCCCAGUCCAGAUGGGAGCUGGCUCCUUCAGAAAGGGGGCUCAGAACAGGGUUUGGGGAGCUACCUCUCUCUGCCUCCCCCCACCACAUCUGUCUGCAGGGCUGGAAGCCCCCACGAACCAGUGGUCCUGAGCCUUCUGAAGUUAGGAUUCUGCCUGGUGGUGAGGAUCCUGACAUCAAGGAUGGGACACCCUGGAUGGAGGUUCCUGGGGCCUGGCCCCCAAGACUAUGAAGAGCCUUUGCUGAGGCCAUGAGGGGUUACCAUGGCGACCGAGGCAGCCAUCCCCGCCCAGCCCGCUUUGCUGACCAGCAGCAUAUGGACGUGGGCCCAGCUGCCAGGGCCCCAUACCUGCUGGGCUCCAGGGAGGCCUUCUCCACUGAGCCCCGCUUCUGUGCCCCAAGAGCUGGCCUGGGACACAUUUCUCCUGAAGGGCCCCUGAGCCUGAGUGAGGGGCCGUCGGUAGGCCCUGAGGGAGGGCCAGGGGGGGCCGGGGUUGGGGGGGGUAGCAGCACCUUCCCCAGGAUGUACCCUGGCCAGAGCCCCUUCGACACCUGUGAAGACUGUGUGGGCCACCCACAGGGCAAGGGUGCCCCCCGCCUGCCUCCUACACUCCUGGAUCAGUUUGAAAAGCAGUUGCCAGUUCAACAAGAUGGCUUCCACACACUACCAUACCAGCGAGGGCCAGCAGGGGCAGGGCCCGGGCCGGCGCCAGGGACUGGCACUGCCCCAGAGCCCCGCAGCGAGAGCCCUAGCCGCAUCCGGCACCUGGUUCAUUCUGUGCAGAAGCUCUUUGCCAAGUCCCACUCUCUGGAGGCGCCGGGGAAGCGGGACUAUAAUGGGCCCAAGGCUGAGGGAAGAGGUGGCUCUGGAGGAGACAGCUACCCUGGCCCAGGCUCCGGAGGCCCCCACACCUCCCACCACCACCAUCACCACCACCAUCACCACCACCACCAGUCCCGGCACGGCAAGAGGAGCAAGAGCAAGGACCGCAAGGGGGAUGGGCGGCAUCAGGCCAAGUCUACAGGCUGGUGGAGCUCCGAUGACAACUUGGACAGUGAUAGUGGCUUCCUGGCGGGUGGCAGGCCCCCUGGGGAGCCUGGUGGUCCCUUCUGCCUGGAGGGUCCAGAUGGGUCCUACCGGGACUUGAGCUUCAAGGGGCGCUCGGGCGGGUCGGAAGGCCGCUGCCUUGCCUGCACUGGCAUGUCCAUGUCACUGGAUGGACAGUCGGUCAAGCGAAGUGCCUGGCAUACCAUGAUGGUCAGCCAGGGCCGGGAUGGAUACCCGGGGGCCGGGCCAGGCAAGGGGCUCCUGGGUCCAGAGACCAAGGCCAAAGCCAGGACUUAUCACUAUCUGCAGGUGCCGCAAGAUGACUGGGGGGGUUACCCCACUGGUGGCAAGGAUGGGGAGAUCCCCUGCCGCAGGAUGCGGAGCGGCAGCUACAUCAAAGCCAUGGGGGAUGAGGAGAGCGGAGACUCAGACGGCAGCCCCAAGACAUCUCCCAAAGCAGUCGCCCGACGCUUCACCACCCGUCGCUCCUCCAGCGUGGACCAGGCCAGGAUCAACUGCUGUGUCCCACCCCGGAUCCACCCCCGGAGCUCCAUCCCUGGCUACAGCCGUUCCCUCACCACUGGACAGCUCAGCGAUGAGUUGAACCAGCAGCUGGAGGCCGUGUGCGGGUCCGUGUUUGGGGAGCUGGAGUCCCAGGCCGUGGACGCCCUGGACCUGCCCGGCUGUUUCCGCAUGCGGAGCCACAGCUACCUCCGGGCCAUCCAGGCCGGCUGCUCUCAAGACGACGACUGCCUGCCUCUCCUCGCUACCCCUGCCGCUGUCUCAGGGAGGCCCGGCUCCUCCUUCAACUUCAGAAAGGCCCCGCCCCCCAUCCCGCCGGGAAGCCAGGCCCCGCCCCGCAUCUCCAUCACCGCCCAGAGCAGCACGGACUCCGCGCACGAGAGCUUCACGGCAGCCGAGGGCCCCGCCCGGCGCUGCAGCUCCGCCGACGGGCUGGACGGCCCCGCCAUGGGUGCGCGCACCUUGGAGUUGGCGCCGGUGCCGCCCCGGGCCAGCCCCAAGCCCCCCACACUCAUCAUCAAGACCAUCCCUGGCAGGGAGGAGCUAAGGAGCCUGGCGCGGCAGCGGAAGUGGCGGCCGUCCAUUGGGGUGCAGGUGGAGACCAUCUCAGAUUCAGACACCGAGAACAGGAGCCGGAGGGAGUUCCACUCCAUUGGCGUGCAGGUGGAAGAGGACAAGAGGCGAGCAAGGUUCAAGCGCUCCAACAGUGUGACAGCCGGCGUGCAGGCAGACCUGGAGCUGGAGGGCCUGGCAGGCCUGGCCACGGUUGCCACAGAAGACAAGGCCCUGCAGUUUGGACGUUCCUUCCAGAGGCACGCCUCUGAGCCCCAGCCUGGGCCCCGGGCCCCCACUUACUCAGUCUUCCGCACGGUCCACACACAGGGCCAGUGGGCCUACCGCGAGGGCUACCCACUGCCGUACGAGCCGCCGGCCACCGAUGGGUCGCCCGGCCCCGCCCCCGCCCCCACCCCCGGCCCCGGGGCCGGCCGCCGUGACUCCUGGAUAGAGCGCGGUUCACGUAGCCUCCCCGACUCAGGCCGCGCGUCCCCCUGCCCACGGGACGGCGAGUGGUUCAUCAAGAUGCUGCGGGCAGAGGUGGAGAAGCUGGAGCACUGGUGCCAGCAGAUGGAGCGUGAGGCGGAGGACUAUGAGCUACCUGAGGAGAUCCUGGAGAAGAUCCGCAGUGCUGUGGGCAGCACACAACUUCUCCUGUCCCAGAAGGUUCAGCAGUUCUUCCGGCUGUGUCAGCAAAGCAUGGAUCCCACUGCGUUCCCUGUGCCCACCUUCCAGGACCUGGCGGGUUUCUGGGACCUCCUACAGCUCUCCAUCGAGGAUGUGACCCUCAAGUUCCUGGAGCUACAGCAACUCAAGGCCAACAGCUGGAAACUCCUGGAGCCUAAGGAGGAGAAGAAGGUCCCUCCGCCGAUACCAAAGAAGCCCCUGCGGGGCCGGGGCGUGCCGGUGAAGGAGCGCUCCCUGGACUCCGUGGACCGGCAGCGGCAGGAAGCGCGCAAGCGGCUCCUGGCGGCCAAGCGCGCCGCUUCCUUCCGCCACAGCUCGGCCACCGAGAGCGCCGACAGCAUCGAGAUCUACAUCCCCGAGGCCCAGACCAGGCUGUGACCGGUCCGGCCCGCCCAGCCCGGCCUGGGCCCGCGGUUCUCCACCCGUACUGUACACCCAGCGUCGAGGUCACUGUGAACGCGGGCCGCCCCGUGCGCCCGCCCCACCGGCACCGCACGCCCCAGCCCCCGGGCCCGUCACACUCUCGUGGGUUUUUUACCUUCCUGACCCCACGCGAAGGCGCCCGGGCUGGGCAGGGGGCCGUGCCUCUCCGCCCUGCGCCCCUCACCUGGAUCCCUCGCCCACCUGGUCCGACGCUUUGUCCCCACCUCCUUCCAAUGGGCACCAUCUCUGCCAUUCUUUUCCCCCCACGGGCCAGGCCGGGCCGGGCCCCCCAUCUGGGCUCUGCGUCCCCUCCCCCCACCCCGCGGGGCUGGGCUUCGUGGGGAUCAAGCUUCGUGGCUUUUUAUGAAGAAUCCCGAACCCCGCCUAGGAGCCCGCCCCACCCUCCCAGGGGCUCCAUCUUCAGCCCUCUGCCCACUGGGCCCAGGGACCACAGUGGCUGGACCAACCCAGGACCAGGGCGCCUGGGCCUCUCCCCUUUCCCAGCGGCUGGGUAGGGGAGAUGGGGGCUUCCCCUCACCACACCUGUGGCUGUUCCCACAUCCCCUUGAGUAUCCCAGGAAAAAUAAAACGGCAGAACUGCACUCGAGCCAGCUGCUCUCUCCAGAAGAGGCCACCUCCGUCCCGUGUGUGGGAGGACGGGGGUGAAGGGAGAAGGGGCCGGGAGCCCACUCUCUUGGUUUGGAGACAGCAGGGGUGUUGCCUGAGCUCCUCCCAGGGAUGGGCCAGCUGGUGGAAAGGAGAUUCGGCCCCCUGAUGCCCACAGUAAGGACCUGGACCCUCCUGGAGGGGCCCAGGUGGGGUGAAGAGGGGGAGGGUGUCCAUUUCUCCUCUCUUCCGGUUUCGCUGUAUCCCAUUCUGCCUCCCAGUCCCCAGGGUUCCCCCAGAGAGGGAAGUCCGGAGUUCGCUGAGCACACAGCAUGUGCUUGAUAAACCGGGAGUGUGGUGAUUGUUAGGUAUUGACAAAUAACUGGUUUCCCUUCCCCUAGGGACGCAGUGUUCCUUCUGCUCCAGUCAUUCCUGAUCAGCAGCAGAAAAACUUCAGUCCUGCCACAUUUUCUGAUGCCUCCUAUGGGUGGCCACCUUCGUGGAGGCUGGGGUGGGGGAAGAGGAAGUACAAAGAACAGAGCUCUCCUGGGAAGCUAAAUGGCAAACAGAACCUAGUAUCGAUGGCUUUAUUGAGUGGCCAGUGUGGGUCAGGCAAGGGGUGAGUGCUUUACAUGAAUGUGGCUGGUCCUUAAAACAGAAGAGAAAGCCAAAGCUCAGGGCAGGUUACACGACCUGUCUGAGGUCACAGGGCUAAAUGUGGUGGACCCAGGUCUAAUGUCAAAUCGUGACCUUUUAGCUUUGCAGGCUUCUUAGACCAGAGAGGGCUGAUGGCAUUCUCCACCCAGAAAGCCCCUUUCCACUCCUUGAGCAGUCCUUUGGAUUGGUGUGUCACCUCCAGGCAGGAGGAAAAUCCUUCAGGAUUGGCUGCUUUUUUGGGCCACACUGGAUCAGCUAAUUCUUCUCAUUCAUUUAUUCAGCAGACAUUUAUCACUUUCGGGCGCCACAGGAAUAGCCUUUGACAAGAUGUAGUUUCUACCCUUAAUGGAGCUUAUGGUCAUAUGGGAAAAACAGAUAAAUAAGCAAGCAGUUAAAAUACAGGGGUGAGUGCCAGAAAGAUGAUUAGGGAUUAGCUGCUGAAGGAGGGCCAGGGUUGAGAAGAAUGUUCCAAGAUCAGGGAACAGCUGUGCAAAGGCCUGGAGGAGGAAGAGACAUUGGGAGCACAGGGUCUUGAUUAUAUCAGUGUUUGGGUCUCAUUGAGGCAGGUGGCCUGGGUCUUGUGGGCUGUAGGGAGCUAUAGAAGGGUUUUGAACAGAAGAGUGGCAUGAACGUUUUAUAGACUGGUUUGGUAGACAACUUCUGAAAAGCAAGAGAUGGUCCACAAUACAAAUUCACAUGAGCCUGGAAGGUGAGGAGGGCUGUAAUGUGAUCUGAAUUCCCAAAAGCAGUUAGUUUGAAGGUGAUCCCAUACAGACUCUGGGGCCUCGUCCAAGACUUAGUGAAUAGACUCUGCCCUCAAAUAAGGUUUUAACAAGUGCUCCACAAGAUUCUGAGCAGCCAGGUUUGGGAAGACUUAAAUUGGAUGACUGUCCAAGGGUCUCCAGUAGAAGGGCUGGGUCAGUUUACCUCUCUGAGAUUGUUUUAUCAUCUCUAAAAUUGGGGCAUGGGUGAGGUUUGAACUCAGAGCAACGCUGUAAAACAGAUAUUGUUAUCAUCCCCAUUUACAGAUGAGGAAACUGGGGCAUGGAGAGGUUUAAACAGCUUACCUCAAACCAUGAAGCCAGGAAGUGGCUGAGUCUGAGUUUAACCUUUACAUUAUACAGCAUUUUAUGGGUCUAUGACUUUUCAUAGACUUUUCUAUGUCUGGUGUGGAUGAGUCUCCUUUGGUUCUUGUGGCCUAGGUAGUUAUGCUGAGCCCCAUAUAUCAGUGAAAGAUUAGGUCCAGUCCUUUGGCUUAAGUUGCUUACAGUCUGGCCAUGGCCAGCACAUAAACAGAAAGUUAUGGUGCAAAGGGAGACCUGCUGUCUCAGAGGGGCCAAGGGGUAGAGAGAGGAGAGAGCCUCUAGCAACCAGGGUGUUUUAGUCCAUUUUGUGCUGCUAUAACAGAAUACUGCAGGCUGGGUAACUUAUAAUGAACAGGUAUUUAUUGGCUCACAGUUCUGGGUGCUGGGGAGUUCAGUGUCAAGGUGCUGGCAACUCGUGAGGGCCUUCUUGCUGUGUCAUCCCAUGGCAGGUGAGAAGGUAAGAGAGGGCAAGAGGGAGUUGAACUUGCCCUUUUAUAAGGGCGUCAGUUGCACCCAUGAGAGUGCAACCCUCGUGGCCUAAUAACCUCUUAAAGGCCCCACCUCUUAAUACUUACAAUGACAAAUUUCAGUGUAAGUUUUGGAGGGUACAACCAUAGCACAGGCAGUCUGGGAGAGCUUUCAGCCUUGUGAGCUGGAUCUUGCAGGAUGAAUUAGCAUUUUGUAGUCAAGGAAGAGAAGGGAGAAAUUCAUUUCCGGCCAAGGGACAAACCUGGGCAAGGCCGUGGAGGCACAUGUGUGUUGGGAAUGAAAGCACAGGCUAGAGAGGGUGACAGGUUAUGGUGGCUGUGGAGGGCGUGGAGGAGAUAUGGCCGGGAGGAACCCAUAGAGUUGGGGGUGGGGGGCUAAGAUGGAGGCCUCAUAGUUUUAUUUGAAAGAUAAAACUAUGGCCAAAAGACAGGACAUGGACUGGAGGGGGCAACAAGACAGCAGGGAGACCAUUGAGGGAGCUGCUAAAGUGGUCCAGGUAAGAGAUAAUGAUGUUGACUUUGAGAGACAUUUAGGAGGCAUACAUGCUGCAAGCUGGAUCUGGAGAAUAACGCAAAGAUGGGACGCCUUGAAGGUGUCACUCAGAUUUCUGGCUUAAUGAAUGAGUAAUGCCACGAAUGGACAUAGGACAUUACAGAAGGAGCAAUACAGUUGGGAAAUACUUAACAUGUCAAUAACCAUUUACUGAGCACUGAGAAGGUGCAAACUACUAUGCCAAGCACUUUAUACACAUUUAGGUGAUUUAAUACUCUCAGCAACCCUAGGAGUGGGUACUAUUAUUGUCUUUUUUUAAAACAAAGAGUGUAAAUAGCUUUUCUGAGAUAAGCAGACAAGAGUCAGGAUUUGAACCCAUGGCUAUCUGAUUUCUAAGUCUAUGCUCCUGAGCCCCUCAGCAAUUCUGCUUGAGGGAACUGCUAGCCAUGACUCAAGACUCAGCUCAAGGCCUGGUUCCUCUAGGGAGCCUUCCCUGAAUCUUCCUGGCCGGGCUGAAGAUCCUCCUCUGUGCUGCGUGUGUAUACUUCUGUCAUCACAUUUCUUAUAUUCUAUAGACAUUUUGUAGACCCAUCUGUUUCUUUAGUCAGAGAACUCUGGAGGCAGGUUGGUCCCAGCCAUUUUUGCAUCCCCAAUGCCUAGCACAUGAUUGGCUGGCCAAAUGCCAGUUACUCUGGGCAGUUCUGUUCCCUUCUCGUCUCCACAUAUUCAGUUAGUGAACAGGUUCUGCUAACCACGGUCUCCUAAAUAUUUCUUUGUACUGUUGGGGUUCAGAAAGCGAUACCCCAAAGACUGGCGCUUUGACAUGGUGAGAGGCCUUCAAAGCUGCCUCAGAAUCAAGGUCCCUCUAACCUUCUCUCCCAAGUAUAGGGAGGCACUCUCUCUAGAAUGUCCUAAUCUAAUCAAGAAAACUUCUUUCCAAAAGAAACAAAAUUGCCUUCUUCCCCUCCGCGAAAUCUCAUCUAUCUCAGAAAAGAAGACUGAGGAAGGCAACUACGCCUGGAUGGAUUUUUCACAAGAUGAUGCCUGCUUCUCGGGCUCAUUCAAAUUCUAAAGAGAAUCAUUUUCAAGUUAAUUUCUGUCCAUUUUUUCGCCCUAAGAAUCACGUGCUUCCCUCAAAAGAAUUGUCUAUAUUCUCCAUCUCUCCCCUUCCCCUUUGAAAAAGGGUGUAUAAGCUUCUGUACCCCAUUGGGUUAUUGGGUAAUCAUUCUCCUGUGACCAUUCCCUUCCUGCCCCCUCACCCCCCACCCCGUGCUAUGCACGUUAAAAUAAAAUUUUGUAUGUCUUUUCUCCUAUUAA